AUGGACAGGAAACAAUGUUGCGUGAGUCUGUCGGUCCAACCGUCCAGAGGACAAAUGGAUGAGAAGUUCAUUGUCCUCAUCCAGAAUGCCCCACCUGGUUUCCAGCUGACUGUCCAUGCCUUCCACCAGUGUGAAGAUAAAUUCAAAUGGGAGGCGUUUGGUCACUACACUGCUGAUGCCACUGGGACUGUGAACGUUUCAGAGGAUCUCAGUCUUGGUGGGACAUAUUUGGGGGUUGAACCAAUGGGUCUAUUGUGGAGCCUCACACCAGUUCCAGGCAGCAAACCUGGACUCAUGAUCAGGAAGUUGAACGUCCAGACUCCCAUGGAAGUCACAAUCUCAGUGUACCAGGAUCACCAGACUGAGGGGUUCGUGGAUCUAGUGUCGCUGGCGUCUGUGUUGGUGGAGCGCUGGCACAUGGCACCUGGCAUCCGCAGGAUCCCAAUCACAGAAGAUGGACUAUCUGCAACUCUUUUUCUGCCCCCAGGACCUGGACCUUUCCCUGGUAUCUUGGACCUGUUGGGGAGUGGAGGGAUGUUGCUGGAGUACCGCUCAGCGCUGUUUGCCUGCCAUGGCUUUGCCUCCCUUGCUCUUGACUACCUGACAAAUAAAGUCUCCAUUGAAACUGGGAAUUUCGUGGACAACAAGUACUUUGAGUCGGCCUACAAUGUCCUGCAGCAGCAUCCUCAGGUCCUUGGCAGCAGGAUCGCCAUGGUGGGACUUUCCUUAGGCUGCGCUAUCACCUUCAAAAUGGCUGUUUAUUCUGAUGUUUUUAAGCCCCCCGACUUCAUAAUUUACACCCCAGGCAAACUAAGCUUCUCCUCCAGUAUCCCUCCAACACUGAGAGCUAUGCUAAACACUGGGAAGACUCGUGUCAAUGAGGAGAACCAGAUAAUCUUCCGAGACCUGCUGCUGCCCAUUACUACUGACACCUCAUUCAAAGCAGACGUGGGACGACUCCAGUGUCCUCUGUUGCUGGUUGUAGGUGAGGAUGAUCAGAACUGGCCAGCUUACGAGUCUGCAAUGGACAUCAAAGAGAUGAUGGAGGGAGCAGGGAACAGCCACCUGCUGACUGUCCUGUCUUACCCAAACACUGGUCACAUUAUUGAACCUCCAUUCACGCCGCACACCAGAGCCAGCAACUUUAUGUUCGCCGCCUCACGUCAUAAGUCAACAUGCUUGUGGGGCGGAGAGAAGGUGGCACACUCUCAUGCUCAGGAAGACGCCUGGAGGAAGAUGCUGCUCUUUCUGAGGAAGAAUCUAUGGGCUAUGCCUGAGCUACAUGGGUACAAAGUAGUUAUGGGUCCAAGCGGAGCACCUCUGGGACUUACCUGGGUCAACCAGGUGCAGCACAUAUCGGUGAUGACCCGGCUCUCCAGGCGCACCUGCACUGAUCAUCUCCGGGCUUUAUCUGCCCUGGCUGUGCUGCGAGUCAUCGCCAGUUCGUUCCCGUUGCUACAGUGGAUUGAAACCUUGGACCCUCGCGUCUACAUCCACGCUGACGACCUCACGGAGAUCUCAGCCGACCUUCCUCACGGAGUUCUCAGCCGACCGGUCUACCCCUCCGCAGAAGACCUCCCGGAGAGUCCGCGGACCUGCCUAUCUGUUCUCUCCUACAUCAAUAAACUUCCUUGA